CGGUGAACGGAAGCUUCGCGAUGACAAUACUUCCUCCGCUGCCCGCAAGAGGCGCGACCGGAGCGUUCUCCAGUUUUUCGAGGAUGUCGCUCCCGAAGUCGGUGGCGAAAGCGACAACAGUGAUUUUUUUGAUGGUUGAUGAUGAUUUUAAUAUAUUUGCUUAACAUGUGGAGAGACUCGCUGCGUCGUAUACGCUGCUGCUUCUAGCGAGAUCGAUUGAAGUAGCUGGAGUGUAUCCGCUGCGGCUCUCUCUUCUUGGGUUUAGAGGCCCUGAAUUUGUUUGUUCAUGAUUGAACUGAUUUCGGAACUCAAAGCCGCCAGUUGUCGCAAUUUUAUCUCAUGGACAUGGAGGAUAAUUUGGGGACAUUACCGACAUUUAAGAAUGAUGAUGCAAAAGCUCAAGAUAUUCCAUUCUUCCCAAAAGAAGAGGAAAUGAAUGAAGAAGAAUUUGAUAGAAUAAUGGAGGAAGUCUACAAUAGAGCACCUGGAUUAGGUGCAUUUGCAGAAGAAAAUUAUGAGAACAAAAAUUCCACUGGAAGAAACCCUCCCGCACAAUCUGCCAGGGAUACUAUCUCUUUGUGGAAGGUUAAAUGCAUGGUUGGGCGUGAGCGGCAAUCCGUUUUUUGUCUUAUGCAGAAAUUUGUUGAUUUGCACUCAUUUGGUAACAAGCUACAGAUAAAAUCUGCGUUUUGUGUGGAGCAUGUAAAAGGUUUUAUUUACGUUGAAGCUCCAAGGCAGUAUGAUUUAAUUGAGGCAUGUAAAGGCAUAACUGGAAUAUACUCUACUCGUGUAGCUUCUGUUCCCGAGAAUGACAUCUCUCAGUUGCUUUCUGUUCGAAGUAGAGUUAGUGAAGUCACUGUGGGUACGAUGGCCCGUGUAAAAAAUGGAAAAUACAAGGGAGACCUUGCUCAGAUUGUUGCUGUCAACAAUGCACGUAAGAGAGCAACAGUGAAGCUGGUUCCAAGGAUUGAUCUCCAAGCUAUGGCCGAAAAAUUUGGUGGAGGAGCUGCUGCUAAGAAAACUGCCAAUCCUGCCCCACGAUUGAUCAACUCUAGUGAACUUGCCGAAUUUCGACCACUUAUGCAAUUUAGACGUGACCGUGAAACCGGAAAGCUAUUUGAGUUUCUUGAUGGGAUGAUGCUCAAGGAUGGAUAUCUAUACAAAAAAAUAUCUUUAGAUUCAUUAAGCUGCUGGGGAGUGAUGCCUUCUGAAGAUGAGCUCUUAAAGUUCAAGCCUUCUGAGAGCAAUGAGUCCAAUGAUCUGGAGUGGCUUUCUCAACUUUAUGGUGAAAAGAAGAAGAAGAAGAAGAAGGUUGUUACAACUGAAAAAGGGGGUGGAAAAGGAGAGGGCUCAUCAGGGUCUAGUUCCACAAGCAGCUUUGGAGAUCAUAAUCUUGUUUGUUUUGGCCGGAAGGAUUUUGGGAUGAUAUUAGGAACAUCGGAAAAAGAUGAUAGUUACAAGAUUUUGAAGGACAGCCCUGAUGGAUCUGUUGUGGUGAAUGUGCAACGGAAGGAGUUGAAAAGUGGGGCUUUAGAUGCCAAAUUUACUGCUGCUGAUCACAAUGGAAAGAUCAUCUCUGUUUCAGACAAUGUCAAGGUUUUAGAAGGAUCAUUGAAGGAUAAGCAAGGAAUUGUUAAGCAUGUAUACAGACACACACUGUUUGUGUAUGACGAGAAUGAGGUGGACAAUGAUGGUUAUUUCUGCUGCAAAUCUAACAUGUGUGAGAAAAUCAAGAUUUCUUAUGAUGUACCUGGUGGAAAGGAGGAUGACAAGGGUUUCUCUGGUUUUGAGGAUUUCUCCUCUUCUCCCAAGUCACCUUUAUCACCUAAAAAGCCGUGGGCAGAGAAGGAAACUGGUCGUGAGUACAACCGUGAUGACAGAGCAGAUGGAAUGUUCUCCAUUGGUCAAACCUUGAGAAUACGUGUUGGUCCUUUAAAGGGAUACCUAUGUCGUGUUAUAGCCGUACGCAAAAGAGAUGUUACAGUGAAGCUUGAUUCUCAACAGAAGGUUCUUACAGUCAGAUCUGAUUUUCUUUCUGAGGUACAGAGAAAGAGCUCUGCAGCAGCACCUCUUAGUGAGGAUCCCCUAAAACCGUUUGAUAUUCUGGGAAAUGAAGGCGGCUCCCAAGAUUGGAUUGGCGGAGGGGGGUCAUCUGCAGGUGGUGAUGGCUGGAAUUCUGCCAGGCCUUCUUCAGAAAGAAGUCCUUGGCCCAGUUUCCCUGAGUCUGGUACCUCGAAUGGCCCAGGGUCCAGUUCUACAAAUCCUUUUGGUUCUGAUGCUAAAAAUGAUGAAGAUUCUCCUUGGAUUAGCAAGUUGACUCCAGAGGCAAGCACAUCCUGGGGUGCUGCAAAAUCAAGUGUAGAUACUGCAAACGACGGUCAAGCCUCUGGAUGGGGAAAGAGCGAUUCUAAAAUUUGUUCAGAUGGCAAUGCCUCUGGUGCUUUGGGCAAAACAGUAGUACCUAGUGGAGAUUCUGCAGGCUUUACAGAUUCAGAAUCUGGAGGUUGGAAAAAGAAUCAAAGUGCUAAUUUUGGUGAUGAUAACGCUCCAGUCGAAACUUCUGCCGAUAGGUGGGGCAGCAAAAGUAGAUCAAGUGGAAGCUGGGGCGAUCAAAAUGCUUCAACCACUGUCUCUGAGAUUCAGCCAGCUGGCAAAGGAAAUGCAGGUGCCUGGAAUGUAGGCACUGCCAAGGAUGAGUCAGGUGGGUGGGGUAAACCAAAGAACGUUGGGGAUGUUGGCAGUUCUGCUUGGAACAAAUCUACUGCUGGUGAUGGAGACGGUCAAAACGGCAGUUGGAAUAAACCAAAACCUUCUAAUCACGAUGGAAAUGUUGGAAAAAAAGAAUGGGGACAGGGUAAUGAAGCCAGUGAUAAUGGUAACAAAUGGCAGAGUUCAAGGUCUGAUGGUGGAAAAAAAUGGGGCACUAAUGAAGCAGAACGUGAGGGUGGAAGCAGUUGGAAUACAUCCAAGUCGUCUGAUGUUGGUCCUGCUAGUUGGAAAGAUAAACCCGACUCCUCAAGUUUGACAGCUCCUAAAGGAGAUCAAUGGGCAGAAGGUUGGGAUAAGCAGCACAGUUCAAAUGAUACAAAAGCCUCUGAUGACAAUUCUUCUUGGAAUAAAAAACCUGUUGAAAGUGGGAAAGAUGGCGAGCUUAAGAAUCAAGGCAGUGGUUGGAAUGUUGGAAAAACUUCUGGUGGAGAUUCUGCAUCCGGAUGGGGUCAGACCAGCAAGGAAGCUGAUUUGAGUGAUCAAGCAGGUAGCUGGGGUUCUAAUUGGAAAAAGAAUUCUGAUACCAGGAAUGAAGAUUCUAGUUCGGCCAAGAAAAGCAGCUGGGGUUCUGGAAGUGGAAAUUCUAACUGGGGAGAGAAAAGCAAUUGGAACUCAGGAAAUGAAUUUAAUGCUAUCACCGGUGGUGCUGAAGCUCAAACUGACGUUUCUAAUGAUACCUCAGGUUAUGGGAGUUGGAAGCCAGAAAGUAGUGAUAGAGGAGGAUAUCGUGGAAGAGGUGGUUUUAGAGGAAGGGGUGAAAGGGGCCGGUUUGGUGGCAGAGGCAGAUCUGAUAGAGGUGGUUUUGGCAGAGGUGGUUCAGACAGAGGUGGUUUUGGAGGCAGAGGCCGUGGGAGGUGGAACAGUGAAGGUGGUUCAAAUGAUGGUGAAAAUAAAGGAUGGAGUGGUGGUGGCGGCGGCGGCAGCGACAACAAAGGAUGGGGCAGUGGUGGUGGAGGCAGCGACAAUAAAGGAUGGAGCAGUGGUGGUGACGGCAGUAACAAUAAAGGAUGGAGUACUGGUGGUGAAGGCAGUGGCAAUAAAGGUGGUGGUGACAACAAAGGCUGGGGUAGUGGCAGUGGCGGCAGCAGCGACGAUAAAGGAUGGAGUGGUGGUGGAAAUGGUGUUGGUGGUGGUGACAAUAAAGGAUGGGGCAGUGGUGGUGGCGGUAGUAACGACAAUAAAGGAUGGAGUGGUGGUGACAACAAAGGAUGGGGCAGUGCUGGCGGCAGCAGCGACAAUAAAGGGUGGAGUAGUGGUGGCAGUGGUGGCGACAAUAAAGGAUGGAGUAGUGGAAGUGGUGGUGGCGGUGACGGUUGCGGAGAUAAAGGGUGGAGUAGCGGUGGUGGUGGCGACAACAAAGGAUGGGGUGGUGGUGGUGAGUCUGGUGACAAGGGGUGGAGUAGUGGAGGUAGUCGCGAAUGGGAGAAAUCUGGAUCAGAUCGAGGUGGAUUUGGUGGCAGAGGUCGUGGAAGAUGGAGCAGUGGAAGUGGUUCAAAUGACAGUGACAGUGGGAGUGGGGGGUGGAGUGGUGGUGGUGAUAGAUCAGACCGAAGUGGAGGUGGAUUUAGAGGUAGAGGCCGUGGAAGAUGGAACCAAGAAGGUUCCUACGAUGGUGACAAUGGAGGGCAAAGAGGUGGAUAUGGAGGCCGAGGACGUGGGAGAUGGAAUCAAGAAAAUGGUUCAAAUGAAGGUGGUGACAAUGGUGGGUGGAGUGGUGGUAGAGGUGGAUUUGGAAGUCGAGGCCGUGGAAGUUGGAAUCAAGACGAUGGUGGUUCAGGAGGAUGGAGUGGAGGAAAUGGUGGUAGAGGCGGAUUUGGCGGCCGAGGUCGUGGAAGGAGGAAUCAAGACAGUUCAAAUGAUGGCAAUAAUGAUGAUAAACCUGCAAGCUGGAGCACAGGUUCAGGUAAUAGUGGAGGGUGGAACAGUGGCGGUGGUGGUGGUGGUGGUGGUGCAGGAUCUUGGAACCAAGGAGGUGAUGAAAAGAACCAGCAGCAACAUAGUUGGAAGUCUAGCAAUGAUGGCGGUCAGGGAUCUGGUUGGAAGGAACCAAGUGGGAGUGAUCACAAUAAUUGGGAAUCAUCUGGUUCUUCUGGUGCAGGUAAUAGUUCUGGGUGGAACAAUUCGACUACAGGCAAGGAGACGGAAGAGAGUGGUGGUCACAACAGCUGGAACCAAACGACAAAGACGGAUUCUCAAGGUGGAGGCUGGCAGAAGUCAGCAUCUAGUUGGAAUGCCGGAACUGAGAAUCAAACAGUGACCAAGGAUGUGAGUUCAGUUUCUAAAGAUGGAGGUUGGGGAAAGUCUGCUGAGCCAUCAACCCUGGACAAAGAAAUAGCCAACGUAGGUGCCCAAGGAGGAGGAGCAGCAGGUUGGGAGAAGCCUACAUCUAGUUGGAAUACAGAGCAGUCUCGAGGCGAAAACAACAGCGGAGGAGGACGAGGAGGAGCUCGGGGUAAAUAAGGAAAUCAUUAAACAUAAUCUUCAUAACAUUAUGCCCCUUUUGGGUCAUAAUGGAUGUUCUAAUAAUCACAAACUAUUGAAUUGAGCAUGCUUUGAUUAACUAAGGAAAUCAUUAGGAUUCAAAUAUCUUUCUCAUUGUUUGAGAGUCUGUCUUGACCAAUUGCUUCAAUGAUAUUGUUUCUUGUUAUCCUUUUUCCUCUUUGCGUUUUCUCCUAAUGCACGUUGUUUGUCUAUGAAUUCUCGAUUUUCAAGCGUAUGUGUUAACAAUUGAUCUUGACAGUUGAUAAUAACUUUUGAAUUUCCGAAUGACAA